CUGCCGCCUCCAGUUGUGAUGCAUUUUCUCUUGUCAGGAUAGUUAUCUGCUGUCUUCUAUUAAUAUCUGCGCCGAGGUGUAAGUACAGAAAGCAAAGGGAAAAGCAAUGGCCUCUGGAGAUAUUGCUCAGAUUACAGAGGCACUGGCCAAGACCCAUGUUGGAGAAGUGGAAUUAAGUUAUAAGGGACAAGGGCUGAAGUUGGACAAUGCUGAGUCAGUGAAAGAGAUGGUGCAGGAGAUCGAACAGUGUCAGGGUCUGCAGUCUCUCAGAUUAGAGGGAAACACAUUGGGGGUUGAAGCAGCACAGGCAAUUGCAAAAUCUCUUGAAGCAAAAAGGGAAUUGGAGCAAUGCCAUUGGAGUGAAAUGUUCACGGGUCGCCUUCGCUCUGAAAUUCCACCUGCUCUGAUAUCAUUGGGCAAUGCUUUGAUGGCAUCAGGGGCCCGUGCUAUUGAAAGAAACAUCCUGUGCCAGUUUUGA